AUGGGAAGGAAAACACAGGGCUUGUGGGAAGAAGAGGGCAAGCAUGAAGUCUAUAGUGCCAACGUGUUCUAUAACAACACCUUUGAAAUUGCCAAGUCUGAUCCCACCCUGUUGCAGGCAUUUGCAGAGUACUUCACCAAGAUCCAGCUCACCACCCUGGUACUGACAGCCAUGGAAGGCCUGACUGACAGCAGGGCCAAGGUAUCUCUGGCUGCAGCCCAGCUGAUGAGUGGCGUCAUGAAAGAGCGGGGGAGAGACAUGAUCAAGAUUGAGGAAGUUGUGGAAGGCAUCCUGGAACGGCUCAACUUGCAGCUGGAACCCAGCACGAAGGAGGAGACCCUUAGGGCCAUGUGCUUGCUGGCAGGCAACAACACCCACAUCGUGGUGCCCAUGCUGCUCAACAGGCCCCUCCCUUGGAAUAGAACCAAUCUGGCCCUGUGGAACGUGUUUGGCACCCGGCGAGAGACCACAAUCAAUGUCCUGCAGCUGCUCAUAGGCAUUCUGGAAAAUCUCCAUUCCAAAGAGGAAACAAGGGAGAUGGCCUUCCAGCCUGUGGCGGUGGCGUGUGCCUUGUGUGAGAUGCUAUCUGGGUCCCUGUGCCAGGAGGCCAUCCAGGAACUCUACCCACGGCUGUUGCUGGCUGUGCUGAGUCAUCUCUACUGGGUGAUUGAGCAAAAUGCUCCCCAGAAGAUGGUGGUCUACAGCAAGGAUGGGGGCCCGGGCAGCAAGAGCAAGCCCUUUGACCCCACUAGUUGUGCCCUGGAGGCAGUGAAGUUGGUGCUAUUGGCAGCUGCAUAUGAUGGAGUGGUGACCUAUGCAAAUCAGCAUUGCUGCUGGGAUCUUCUGUCUUGCCCCAAAUUUUACUACAUAGGGAUCAUGGACCUGACAAGUGGCAUUGUGAAGAACUGUGAGCCAGCCAUUCUGCACCGAAUCCUGAAUCUUGUCAGGAACCUCCUCUAUAGCUUUGAUGAUCGUCGGAAGAUCCUGGCCAGGACCUUCUAUGCGCAGCUCCUCUGGCACCGAUCAGUGGCUCAGACUCUGGGGCAAGACUUUUCGGGCAAUCUAAUCAGGUGGAUCAAGGAGCCCAACCUCAUCAUGAAGGAAGUUGGGCUCCGUGGAAUCAGUAACCUGGCACUGCACCCAGGACAAUCAGAGUCUCUGAAGAGCCUGGUUCCAUUCUUACGAGACUUCCUGAAGAGUGAGGUGCGAGUGACAGUUCAGGCAGUGAAGAGCCUGCGGAACAUCAUCUGCCAUGGGCAGGGAGAGGACACCAAGGUGGUCUUUUCCAGCAUCUCCAAGCAACUGUGUCCUCUUAUCAAUGAUGUAUGGGCCUAA